UUCCCGCCUCUACGUACUCCAUUUCCCGCUCUGCUAAACCCUAACUCUCCCAGGAUGGGGCAAAAGAAGCAGCAGUCCACCGCAGAUCCAAUCCCCGAACCCAAGAAACGGAGACGCGUCGGGUUCACCGCCGUCGAUGCCGGAGUCGAGGCCAAUGACUGCAUCAAGAUUUUCUUGGGUGAGUUGUGUGGUUUUGAAGUACUAAGAUUGUUAACUUUAUUUACGUAAUUAUUUACUUCAGCUUGGUGGUGUUGAGCUUAUGGUAGUUUUUCUUCCGUUGCUUAGACUCAGAUGCUUUGUUCUGGGAAUUACUCCCACUGGUCUCUAAAAAGAUGAAAUGAUAAACAGAUAAUCAAAAGCAGAAACAGUUUGCUCCCGUUGUUUUUCACUGUUUGCUAUCCUUUAAUUUGAGAAAGCCGAUCAGUAGAGAGUUAUUGAACAAUUGACAUGGUUAACUUUGCUCUCAACGCACUGGUAUUUGUUUUAGCUCUUAAAUGAUCAACUUAGUAUUAGUUUUCUCUCUUUUUUUUCCUUUUAAGUUUUUGCAGUCAAUUUCAAUCGCGAGGUUUUAGACCUUUCUUCUUUAAAUAUGAUGGUUUCUGCAUUCUUCAUUUUUGGUGUUGAUGGUGUGACAGUUUCUAGUAAAGAAGAAGUUGGAACUUCAAAUGGUUACUGUAUUAGUCCAGUUGACUUGAACAGCUUUUUUGGUGAAGAUGGGAAAAUAUAUGGUUACCAAGGGCUGAAGAUAACUGUUUGGAUUAGCAUUAUAUCUUUCCAUGCAUAUGCUGACAUUUCAUUUGAUGGCACCUGUGAUGGUGGCAAAGGGAUUACAGAUUUGAAACCUGCUCUACAGAGUAUUUUUGGUGAGACUCUUGUUGAGACUAAAGAUGACCUCCUUCAAACUUUUUCAACGGAGAGUCAUUUCCUUAGUUCAGUUGUCUCAAAUGGAGAGAAGUUGCAGUACAAAGCCUUCAGAGAUGACAUCAAUCAUAAUUGUAGCCCAGAGGAAACUACUUCCAAUGUGGAGGUUGUUCGGAUGGUGGUGGGCAAUUCAGCUGCUGGGCAUCUUUAUAGUCGAUUGGUACCUUUGGUUCUUCUUCUGGUUGAUGGCAGCAAUCCUAUUGAUGUUACUGAUCCAAGUUGGGAGUUGUAUCUCUUGAUACAAAAGAAUAGAGAUCAGCCGACUACUCAAAAUUUACUACUUGGUUUUACUGCUGUGUAUCGCUUCUAUCAUUACCCUGAUAGUUCUCGCCUCCGACUCAGUCAGAUUUUGGUUUUGCCUCCAUAUCAACACAGGGGAUAUGGUGGUUACCUUGUGGAGGUUCUCAGCAAUAUUGCAAUAUCAGAAGACGUUUAUGACUUGACAGUUGAAGAGCCUCUAGAUUAUUUCCAACAUGUGCGAACCUGUGUGGACAUGAAGCAUCUGCUGGCUUUUAAUCCAGUCCAGGAAGCGAUUAAAUCAGCUGUUUUGCAACUGAAGAGAGGAAAAUUAUCAAAGAAAACCCAUACUCCUCGAUUCAUGCCUCCCCCUGAUGUAGUUGAUAAUGUCAGGAAAUCUUUGAAAAUUAACAAGAAACAGUUUCUCCAGUGCUGGGAGAUUUUGGUAUAUCUUGGCCUUGACCCUGUAGAUAAGUACAUGGAGGAUUAUUUGACAAUCAUUUCAAAUCGGGUGAAGGCUGAUAUUCUAGGGAAAGACUCAGAGAUUGCUGGAAAGCAAGUGAUUCAAGUCCCUAGUAUUCAUGAUGAGGAGGUGUCAUUUGUCAUGUUCAGGUCAAGGAAUGGUGCGGCAACUGGCGUUCAGAUGGACAAGGACCAAACAAAAACACAAGAAGAGCAGCUCCAGCAGCUUGUGGACGAGAGAAUCAAAGAGAUCAAGCUAAUUGCAGAGAAGGUGUCCCAACAACGUGUGUAAUGUGUUGCUAUUCUUGCAAAUCCAAAAGGAUGCACACUUGAAGAUACACAGAGAUAUUGUAUUUUGUGGCAUUAGGGAGCUGUCUGUAAAUGAUUGCGUUUUAAGUUGAAAUUAUGAAAUUAGGAGACAUUUUCUUCCUUUUGCUUGAGGUGAUAACGUUAUUCAAUU